AUGGCAGUGAAUUUGAUGUGGCCAAUAAUUGGAGGAGUUACCUCAGUAGUGGUGUUGUCAACAAUACUCGCACAUCUACUAUGGGGCAGAAAGUCAAAAAGACCAAUCGGAAGUUCAAGCCCUGUUACAUUAGCCAACCCUAACAUUAAGUAUAAACUUCCUCUCAUUGAGAGACAAGAACUCAGUCAUGAUACAAGGCGGUUCCGGUUCGGAUUACCCUCUUCUCAACAUAUCUUGGGUUUGCCCAUCGGUCAACAUAUUCAUUUAUCAGCCAAUAUCGACAAUGACCUUGUUAUCCGGGCAUACACGCCUGUGACGAGUGAUGAAGAAAAGGGUUACGUUGACUUAGUUAUAAAGGUUUACUUCAAAAAUGUGCACCCUAAGUUUCCCGACGGUGGCAAAAUGUCUCAAUAUUUAGAGAGCAUGAAAUUGAAUGACACUAUUGACGUUCGUGGUCCCUCGGGUAAACUACAAUAUAUCGGCAAUGGUUUACUUCAGGUCAGGAAAUUGAGGCAAGACCCGCCCAUGAAGAUUGUGGCCAAAAAAAUAAACAUGAUAGCAGGUGGUACUGGUAUCGCUCCAAUGCUUCAACUAGUUAGACACAUAUGCAGAGAUCCCAAUGACAAGACCGAAAUGCGACUUUUGUUUGCCAACCAGACGGAAGAAGACAUCCUACUAAGAAAUGAACUGGAAAAUUACCAAGCCCAACAUCCUGAACAAUUCAGAGUAUGGUAUACGAUUGACAGGCCCAAUGAAGGAUGGAGAUACAGCGUUGGAUUCAUCAACGAUGAAAUGAUUCGUGAUCAUUUAUUACCACCAUCCGACGACGGCGUCGUACUUAUGUGCGGACCACCGCCCAUGAUCAACUUCGCUUGUAAACCGGCUCUUGCCAAGCUUGGCUACAAGGAAGAACUAUGUUUUGCAUACUAA